UUUAUCUAUAAGAAGGCAUAGCAUUUAAAAAUAAGAUAAAAAUUAUCUCGAUUACACACACAAAUCGAAUCAGUGUGCCAAAAACCAUGAUCAUGAAUACUUUCAUCCUAUUUUUGUUGCCUUUUAUCACUUUUGCUACAGUCAAAGCCGACCUCGCGUGCUAUGACUGCAUCCCCACUGACAAAACUAAAUGCUUAUCGCCAGACGCAAACAACAUCAAAACCACUACUUGCAGCACUGAACCAACAGCAAGAACUGGCCUUAAGAAAUCAAUAAGCGACAUCGAUAAACUGGACAUCAAUCCUCGAGGCAAUUUCGAAGAAAACACGUUUGAAUGUUUCUCCCUCUACUUCGUUGGGGAGGACAAUCAAGAGACGGGGGUUUACCGGGGGUGCGUCGAAAAAACAAACACCAUCAUCUCCUCCUGUGAAUACCUCAAAGAGUCGCUGAAGAACGGUAAUGUCACCAAUUGCGUUACUUGUGCAGAAAAGGAGUGCAACGUGGACGACGUGGGGGGCGGUGCCGCCGGAUUAACACUCUCCUUGGGUCUUAUCGUACUAAAUCUAGUUAUUUGUCUAAAUGUGUUUCAUUUUUAAUCGCCUAUUGUUGAAAUAAAUUUUUUUGUGUAA